UCUUCUCAGAUGUCAAACCCAAGAUACAACUUCAGCUGGUACCAAGACUUUCCUACUUGCUGUUUGCUGCCAGAAAGGUUGCUAAUAUUAACUGAAACACAUUAACAUAUUGAAGGGUUUAUUUAAGUUAAUAGUGAUUCAUGGUUCUGGCAGUGCCAAAGCACAAGCAGUUCAGACCUCUGCUGAAGGAGCGUGAGGGGAAGGCUUUGAGAAGGCAAACACAGAAGCAAGACAAAGAAAACACGCAGUUAGCCAGAGUGGAACGCAUGCACAGUGGCCUCAUUUGGACCAUUCCAGUUGGAAAUCCCUGGUUGGAGGUUAGUUGGUGACUUCUGAAUGGUUGAAGUUUUGUUUUCCUAGACUCACUGGGAGAGACCUAUCUUCUGCUGGAAUUUAAGCCAGACACUCAGAGACCUGCCAUGAAGCCCUGGAUUCUCCCAUUCAUCGUGCUUAUUCAUGAGUUUAUAGUGCUGCUGCCUGUGCUUGGGGGCCACAAGUACAAACAUCACAUGGAGUUUGAGAUCAACCAGUGUUGGGUACAGCCUCCGGAGCAGUACUGCAGGAAACGGUGCACGAGGGGGAACUCCUGCCUGCAAGACAAUCACACCUGUUGCUGGACCUACUGUGGGAACAUCUGCUUGAACAACAACGAGCCUUUUAAAACAAUGUUAAAGCCCUUAAAACCCUAGCAUCUGCUUGGCCCACCACUGUUGUGGGCUGGAGGAAGACAGUGGCUUGGUCUAAGCAGAGCAUCGCCUGGCUCCCUGCUGGACCACUCACUCUCCUAGGACCCCUCUGCUCUCUCCCUUACCUUGCCAC